AUGUCAUUCACGGACGAAGCUCUCAAAGCCAAGCUCUCGACUCUAAAUGAGACUCAGGAUAGCAUCGUGUCGGUCUCACAAUGGAUUAUGUUCCAUAAGCGCCACGCAGAUCGCAUUGCCAGCUACUGGUUGACCCGGCUGCGAGAUUCACCACCGCCAAAACGACUCAACUUUAUUUACCUUGUCAACGACAUUGUGCAAAAUGCGCGAGCGCGGAAACGCUCCGAGUUUCCUGAUGCAUUCGCACCGUUGAUGGCAGAGGCUAUCCACACAGCCUACCGCUCUAGCCCUCCCGACAUUCAAGGGAAAAUCCGCCGCGUUGUUGACGUUUGGCGUUCACGCAAUGUUUUCGAACCUCCUAUUUUGGAGGCUAUCGAAGCCCGAACGGAUGAAAUUGACAAAUCAAAAGGCUCUUCAGGGAAGAAGACUCUGAUGGGACAAUCCCUCUUCACUUCUACGUCCUCCGCCGGCAUGCCAAAAGAGCUCGAAACCCUCGCACCGCUCCAGAUUGCAGUGACGAAGGAGACUAUUUCCGCCCGUCCAGCCAUCGACACAGCUCAAUCUGAGUACAUGAAACUAAACGACCCAUCUGCCGCCCUUCCAAGCCCGCCCGUCCAUGCGGCCCGUCUUUCAAGCCUCAUCAAAUCAUUAGUCGCGGCAGAGUCAUCUGUUUCGGCGAGCAUCAAGGCACGAAAAGCCUUGAUCGCUGACCUGGAACGGAUACUGGAGAUCAACAAGGGUGCGCUUGCGAAGGACGAGGAGACGUAUCUAGAGCUCGACAGUCGAAAGACAAGAACGGACGCCAAGAAGAGGGAAGUAGAGGAUGGCAUUAUUCGAGGCCUAUCUUCUGCUGAGGGCCCAGCCGAGACCACUAUACCCGGGGUCGGCGCCAUUGGCGACGAAGUCUUCUCUCCAGGCCUAGACAAUCCGGCGUCCGCAGAUGACGGCUUCGGCCGGCCUGAAAUCGAAGAGUUGACCCCAGAACGUGAGCUGGAAGACGAUACAGGAUACAACCCCUUGGAAUCCCUUGCAACUCCCUCUCAAGCUCAAUCGCGCAACAAUCCCGCCGUCGCGGCUGCACUAGCUAGCUUCGGCAACCCCUCUGCGGCCAGCGACUACAGUCCGUCACAGCAGCCAACCAACACCGGGAUUAGUGGCUACGUCAGCAACGUCUCGCGCGUACGCUCAUACAGUGGAAGUGGUGGAGGUCUCAACGGUCUGAGUGCGAAGAGGAGAAAGCUCAGUCAUGGCGAGGACGAGAUGGUCCCCGAUCUAGGCGAAAUGGGCAUGGAGGGUUUCGGCCAAGAAUCGGCUUUUGCUGCUGCGGCGGGUGGUGGUGCCGACACUCACCACGGCGAUUUUCUGAGCAAUCUCGACGAGGAUGUGGAUGAGCUGUUGAGGCAGGAAGGCGGCGGCAGGUAA